UCCUCAACUUCCCCCUUUAAACUCUAUAUUAGCCCACUGUAAGAAGCCCACGCCAAAGCCCAAACCCAAGCCCAAGCCCAAGCACAGUUACUUAGUCACAUUGUUCUUUGCUCUCUCCCUUACUCAAUCUCUCUCUGGCUUUUCUUCGAUUCUCUCUGUAAACCCUAGAAAUAUCACCAACCUCGUUCUGAUCGGAGAUCGGAGGAGAGUAGGAAUUCCGUUUCAAUCAAUUGCCGGUUAACACAAUUACUUCAGUUCAAGUGAAUUCAAAGCAGUAGCAAUGGCUUCAUCAUAUCUUCCAGCCACUGCCGAUUCGAUUGCUCAGGCUUUAGAAGCCAAGGCUCCAUCUGAAGCCAUCUCUAUUCUCUAUAAAAUUCUUGAAAACCCAUCAUCAUCUUCUGAUGCUCUGCGGAUAAAGGAACAGGCAAUCACAAAUCUUUCAGAUCUUCUCAGGCAAGAAAACCGGGCUGAGGACCUCAGAAACCUUCUAACUCAACUGAGGCCUUUCUUUAACUUGAUUCCCAAGGCCAAAACUGCGAAAAUUGUUCGCGGAAUCAUUGAUACAGUGGCCAAGAUACCAGGCACAGCAGUGCUUCAGAUUUCUCUCUGCAAAGAAAUGGUCCAGUGGACUCGUGACGAGAAAAGGACUUUUCUUCGACAGCGAGUGGAGGCCAGGCUUGCAGCUCUUUUGAUGGAGAGCAAGGAGUACUCAGAGGCCCUAAACCUUCUUUCGGGUUUGGUGAAGGAAGUUAGAAGAUUGGAUGACAAGCUUUUGCUUGUUGACAUAGAUUUAUUGGAGAGUAAGCUCCAUUUCUCCCUUAGGAAUCUUCCUAAGGCGAAAGCUGCCCUCACAGCUGCUAGAACAGCAGCUAAUGCCAUAUAUGUUCCCCCAGCUCAGCAGGGAACUAUUGAUUUGCAGAGUGGAAUCCUGCACGCCGAGGAGAAGGACUACAAAACAGCGUACAGUUACUUCUUUGAAGCUUUCGAAGCAUUUAAUGCUUUAGAAGAUAGUAGGGCUGUGUAUAGCCUUAAGUAUAUGCUUCUAUGUAAAAUCAUGGUGAACCAGGCUGAUGAUGUUACAGGAGUAAUAUCAUCAAAAGCAGGUUUGCAGUAUGUUGGGCCUGAGUUGGAUGCCAUGAAAGCAGUGGCCGAAGCCUACUCAAAACGCUCUUUGAAGCUUUUUGAGACUGCCCUUGGGGAUUUCAAGGGUCAGUUAUCAGAAGAUCCCAUUGUUCAUCGACACCUUUCAUCGCUUUACGACACCCUCUUGGAGCAGAAUUUGUGCAGGCUGAUAGAGCCGUUCUCGCGAGUUGAGAUUGGGCAUAUCGCUGAGUUGAUUGAACUUCCGAUUGAUCACGUAGAGAAGAAGUUAUCUCAAAUGAUUUUGGACAAAAAAUUUGCAGGGACUUUGGACCAAGGUGCUGGGUGCCUAGUAAUUUUUGAAGAUGGCAAGACUGAUGCCAUAUACCCGGCCACGUUGGAAACAUUAACCAACAUUGGCAAGGUGGUCGAUAGUCUCUACGUGAGAUCGGCCAAGAUAAUGGCUUGAAAUUGUUACCGUUACCUUCUCUUUUCGUGGAAAUGUCAUGGAAUUCACAGACACUUAUGUUCAACUUUUUUUUUCUCUUUAGAAAUUAAUGCUUUGGAUAUUCAUUUGUU